ACAACUGAUUGAAAUCGUGGUACGUGGGUAAUUUUGUUUUCAUUGAGCUCCAUGAUUAAAGCAGUCACGAGGAAGAUUUCUACGUUUGAAUCGCUGGGCAGUUGAUGACCUCUGAGGCUAUUCUCACAGCGAAAGACUGAGGACAAAGAUUAUAUCUGAUUUGUGAAGUCGAGUCAUUUUAUCAAUUAAAUGGACACGAAAGCAGAAAACACAGACGAAAAGUGUGACAUUUCUUCAGAAGCUUGUAAACAGUUAGAAUUAGAAAAUCAGGAAUUAAGAGAUAAAUUACAGAAGUUGGAAGAGCAAAUAGCAGGUAUACAUUCUAGUGAGAGAGCUGAUGUGUCAGUUGCAUCACCCAAAGAGAAGAAUGGUGAAAUACAGGAAACACCUGAUAAAGUGAAAGAAAAGAAGGGACAGGAUUUGAAAUUCUCCCCUGAGCAAGCAAGGAGACUAAAAGGAGACUAUGAUGAUGUUGUGAAGAAAAAUCAAGAGCUUGAAAGCAGAAUCCUCCAAAUGGCUAGCGAAAUGCAAACAGAGAAAGAGAAGUUUGAGGCAACAGUUGGGGCAAUGUCAAAGCAGUUAAUGGACUUUGUUGAGAAAAUGAACAAACUGGAGGUGGAAGCUAUGAAGUACAAGAGAGAUUGUUCAUUAGUGGUACAGCUUUUGAAGUGUAACCAGUCCCUGGACAGGAAGUUUGUUUCUCAAAAAAUGGAUACGUUACCAUCAGAACUGAAAGACAAGUUGACAACAGAGCUUGACCUUAAAGAAGAAAGACAACCUCUUAGCCAUCCAGACUGGAGCAAAAAACUCUGGAGAACAAAGAGCAUAGGGCCAACAAAUGCAAAAACAGAGCCACAGUCAAAGACUGUACGUACACCCAAGUUCAGUGAAUGAGGGAUAUCCAAAAGUAGUCCAUCCACAAACACUUUGAGCAUAGUUUGCAGAGUGCAUUAGAUUUAAGUCAUCAUAAUGAGCACUUGACACAAGUGAGAAUGUGCAUGUAGGUUUUUUAACUGAAAACUGAUUGAAUAGUUUAAAUUUUAAUUUUUUCAUGGCAGCUUUAUCAAGAUUUUAUUGCCAGAUAAAAUUUAGCAACUGACAGAUCUGGUCAAUAAAUUGUAUAAAUAUUUUUUUUAAGAAUGUAACAGCCAUCUGGCUAAGCCAGGUAACUCACUGUGUUUGUAAGUGUCCUGACCUAGAAACCCCCCCCCCCCCCCUAAAGAGCAUAGUAAAUUCCAGGGAGUUCACUAUGCAGUCUGCUGAGGGAAUUGAAGUUUGGAAGAGAAGAGUUUAAUAUUAGGAUAUUACAGGUGUUA